AUGCAGCGGCGGACGUGGAGCCGAUGCGGGAGCCGUCGGACCUUGUGCGACUACGGGCGUAUCUGGAGGAACAUUUCCCCGUGGCAGAACGUGGGCUUAUCUGUGCACCAAUUCAAGCACGGGCAAAGCAACCCGACGUGCUUGUCCAGCUACCACUCUCGGACUCCCACCUCAUCCCCCCCGAUGAAGAUGCUGCUUCCGCUACUCCAGCCAAUGACAGCUAGACCCGCCAUGGACUACUCGACAUCCACGUCCAACCGCGACGCGGUGAUUCAGUUCCAACGCAAGCUCUGCACAGUGGAAGACGUCCAAGAACUUUUAGACGGGCUUUCUAGAGGCCGCGAUCUCGGUCGAGUUGCGUAUGGCCAAGCUGUGAUUGCGCAAAGUACAUUGAGGGCGUGCGCUGAAGGUCAAGUUUGCCUUGUAGGAGGAUAUGAAGGGUAUGCAUAA